AUGGCCGAAGUGCGCAAAUUCACCAAGCGGCUCAGCAAGCCCGGCACGGCGGCCGAGCUCCGGCAGAGCGUGUCGGAGGCCGUGCGGGGCUCCGUGGUGCUGGAAAAGACCAAAAUUGUUGAGCCCUUGGACUAUGAGAAUGUUAUCACCCAAAGGAAAACCCAGAUUUACAGCGACCCCCUCAGAGACCUGCUUAUGUUUCCAAUGGAAGAUAUCUCUAUCUCGGUGAUAAGUCGUCAGCGCAGAACAGUGCAGUCCACUGUACCAGAAGAUGCUGAGAAGAGGGCCCAAAGUUUGUUUGUCAAAGAGUGUAUUAAAACCUAUAGCACAGAUUGGCAUGUGGUAAACUACAAGUAUGAAGACUUCUCUGGAGACUUUCGAAUGUUGCCAUGCAAAUCUCUGCGACCAGAAAAGAUUCCCAGUCACGUAUUUGAGAUUGACGAGGACUGUGAGAAAGACGAGGAUUCCUCUUCACUGUGUUCUCAGAAGGGUGGCGUCAUAAAACAAGGCUGGUUGCAUAAAGCAAAUGUAAAUAGUACCAUCACGGUCACCAUGAAGUGCCCCAAAAUGCGCCGUCACGCAUUUGAACUCAAGAUGCUAGAUAAGUAUAGCCAUUAUCUGGCUGCUGAAACUGAGCAGGAAAUGGAGGAAUGGUUGCUAACUUUGAAAAAGAUUAUUCAGAUCAAUACCGACAGUUUAGUGCAAGAGAAAAAGGAGACAGUAGAAACAACCCAAGAAGAUGAAACUAGCAGCCAAGGAAAAGCCGAGAACAUCAUGGCCAGUUUGGAAAGGAGCAUGCAUCCGGAACUGAUGAAGUAUGGCAGAGAAACUGAACAGCUAAACAAACUCAGUAGAGGGGAUGGAAGACAGAAUCUCUUUUCUUUUGAUUCGGAGGUCCAGAGGUUGGACUUCUCAGGAAUUGAACCUGAUAUAAAGCCAUUUGAGGAAAAGUGCAAUAAACGUUUCCUGGUGAACUGCCAUGAUUUAACUUUCAAUAUCUCGGGUCAAGUUGGAGACAAUGCAAAAGGACCACCCACAAAUGUUGAACCCUUUUUUAUCAAUCUCGCCUUAUUCGACGUAAGGAACAACUGCAAGAUUUCAGCCGACUUCCACGUAGACCUGAAUCCCCCAUCUGUCCGGGAAAUGCUGUGGGGCCCUUCAGCCCAGCUGGCUGGUGAUGGAAACCUGACGAGCUCUUCCCUGGAGUCUUUCAUUCAUGGAAUUGCUGAAUCCCAGUUACGCUACAUAAAGCAGGGAAUUUUCUCAGCGACGAAUCCGCAUCCUGAAAUUUUUCUGGUUGCAAGAAUUGAAAAGGUGCUCCAGGGAAACAUCACGCACUGUGCGGAACCCUACAUCAAAAAUUCAGACCCAGCAAAGACGGCCCAGAAGGUGCACAGGACAGCAAAGCAAGUGUGUAGCCGCCUUGGACAAUACAGAAUGCCCUUUGCUUGGGCUGCCAGACCCAUUUUCAAAGAUACUCAAGGUUCUCUGGAUCUGGAUGGGAGAUUUUCUCCUUUGUAUAAACAAGACAGUAGCAAGCUUUCAAAUGAAGACAUUCUCAAGUUGCUCUCAGAAUACAAGAAGCCAGAGAAGACCAAAUUGCAGAUUAUUCCUGGGCAGCUCAACAUCACAGUAGAAUGUGUUCCUGUGGAUUUAUCAAGUAAGAAUUCACGUUGUAUUUACGGAAAACCCGCCGGGUCUGUUUUUACCACAAAUGCUUAUGCUGUUGUCUUGCAUCACAACCAAAAUCCAGAGUUCUAUGAUGAGAUUAAAAUCGAGCUUCCCAUUCACCUGCAUCAAAAACAUCAUUUGCUUUUUACUUUUUAUCAUGUGAGUUGUGAAAUUAAUACAAAGGGAACAACCAAAAAGCAAGACACAGUUGAAACUCCAGUUGGCUUUGCCUGGGUACCUUUGCUGAAGGAUGGUAGAAUCAUUACAUUUGAGCAGCAGCUGCCAGUUUCCGCCAAUCUUCCUCCGGGCUACUUGAAUCUGAAUGAUGCAGAAUCAAGAAGGCAAUCUAAUGUGGAUAUUAAGUGGGUAGACGGUGCAAAGCCUUUGUUGAAGAUUAAAAGCCACUUAGAGUCUACGAUUUAUACUCAAGAUCUCCAUGUGCACAAAUUCUUCCAUCAUUGCCAGCUGAUUCAGUCAGGCUCGAAAGAGGUUCCGGGGGAGCUCAUUAAAUAUUUAAAGUGUUUGCAUGCCAUGGAGAUCCAAGUCAUGAUACAGUUUCUACCUGUAAUUCUUAUGCAACUCUUCCGGGUUCUCACAAAUAUGACCCACGAAGAUGACGUUCCUAUCAACUGCACCAUGGUUCUCUUACAUAUCGUUUCGAAGUGCCAUGAAGAAGGCUUGGAUAAUUAUUUAAGAUCCUUCAUCAAGUAUAGCUUCCGACCUGAAAAACCGAGCGCCCCUCAGGCCCAGCUGAUACAUGAAACCCUGGCUACCACAAUGAUUGCCAUAUUGAAACAGUCUGCCGACUUUUUAGCAAUAAACAAACUGCUAAAGUACUCAUGGGUUUUUUUUGAAAUUAUUGCAAAGUCUAUGGCCACAUACUUGUUGGAAGAGAAUAAAAUUAAGCUUCCCAGAGGCCAGAGAUUUCCAGAGACAUAUCAUCAUGUCUUACAUUCGUUGCUUCUCGCAAUAAUUCCCCACGUGACUAUUCGCUAUGCCGAGAUUCCCGAUGAGUCCCGAAAUGUCAAUUAUAGUUUGGCUAGCUUCCUGAAGCGCUGCCUGACGCUAAUGGACAGAGGAUUUGUUUUCAAUUUGAUAAACGACUACAUAUCUGGAUUCAGCCCCAAAGAUCCCAAGGUUCUGGCUGAAUACAAGUUUGAAUUUCUGCAAACAAUUUGCAAUCACGAACAUUACAUUCCUCUGAAUUUGCCAAUGGCAUUUGCAAAACCUAAACUCCAGCGUGUUCAAGAUUCAAAUCUUGAAUACAGUUUAUCAGAUGAAUAUUGCAAGCAUCACUUCUUGGUUGGUUUACUUCUGAGGGAAACCUCCAUUGCUCUUCAAGACAAUUAUGAGAUCAGAUAUACAGCUAUCUCUGUCAUAAAGAAUCUUUUGAUAAAACAUGCAUUUGACACUAGAUACCAACACAAGAACCAACAGGCCAAAAUAGCACAAUUGUACCUACCGUUUGUUGGACUGCUCUUGGAAAAUAUACAGCGGUUAGCAGGUCGAGAUACCUUGUAUUCUUGUGCAGCCUUGCCUAAUUCUGCAUCCAGGGAUGAGUUUGCAUGUGGCUUCACUUCACCUACAAAUAGAGGGAGUCUGAGCACUGACAAAGACACUGCUUAUGGGGCUUUUCAAAAUGGACAUGGAAUCAAGAGGGAAGAUUCAAGAGGUUCCCUCAUCCCAGAAGGAGCAACAGGAUUUCCAGAUCAGAGCGGAACUGUUGAAAAUACCCGACAGAAUUCUACAAGGGGUAGCGUAUCCCAGUAUAACCGACUCGACCAGUAUGAAAUCAGAAGCCUCUUAAUGUGUUACCUGUAUAUAGUAAAAAUGAUUUCUGAAGAUACUCUCUUAACUUACUGGAAUAAAGUAUCUCCUCAGGAGCUCAUAAACAUUCUCAUACUUCUAGAAGUGUGUUUGUUUCACUUUAGAUAUAUGGGGAAAAGAAACAUAGCAAGGGUGCACGAUGCCUGGCUGUCAAAGCACUUUGGAAUAGACCGAAAAUCGCAAACCAUGCCAGCUCUUCGAAACAGAUCAGGGGUAAUGCAGGCCCGACUUCAGCAUCUUAGCAGCCUGGAAAGUUCGUUUACACUUAAUCACAGCUCUGCAACCAGCGAAGCAGACAUUUUCCAUCAGGCACUUCUUGAAGGCAACACUGCUACUGAAGUUUGCUUAACGGUGCUGGAUACCAUCUCCUUUUUCACCCAGUGCUUCAAGAGUCAACUUUUAAAUAACGACGGCCACAACCCAUUAAUGAAAAAAGUAUUUGAUAUUCAUCUGGCUUUCCUUAAAAAUGGACAGUCUGAAGUGUCGCUGAAACAUGUUUUUGCCUCACUACGAGCUUUCAUCAGUAAGUUUCCCUCAGCCUUUUUCAAGGGAAGGGUGAACAUGUGUGCGGCAUUUUGCUAUGAGGUUUUAAAGUGCUGCACCUCGAAGAUUAGCUCAACCAGGAACGAAGCAUCUGCACUUUUGUACCUUCUGAUGAGAAACAACUUUGAGUAUACCAAAAGGAAAACCUUUUUGAGGACACAUCUUCAGAUCAUAAUCGCGGUGAGCCAGCUGAUAGCCGACGUGGCGCUAAGCGGAGGAUCGCGAUUUCAGGAGUCUCUGUUCAUUAUCAACAAUUUUGCAAACAGUGACAGACCCAUGAAGGCAACUGCUUUUCCCACAGAAGUCAAAGACUUGACCAAGAGAAUCCGUACCGUUCUUAUGGCCACUGCUCAAAUGAAGGAGCAUGAGAAAGAUCCUGAAAUGCUCAUUGAUCUCCAGUAUAGCUUGGCCAAGUCCUAUGCAAGCACCCCAGAGCUCAGGAAAACCUGGCUCGACAGCAUGGCCAAGAUUCAUAUAAAGAAUGGAGACUUUUCAGAGGCAGCAAUGUGUUAUGUCCACGUGGCCGCUUUGGUUGCAGAGUUUCUUCAUCGAAAAACCGGCUCCCUGUGUGUUCUCCUGAUGGGUGGAGAGAGCAAGCUUUGGCAGACGACCAGAGAGCCAUCCAGAAUCUUGAAUGACGUGAAAAAUGCAACAGAGAGCAUUACCAGCAGAAUGGAUCAAGCAGAAGAACUAAUCUGUGAAUUAGAAACCAGGACCUUUGAUGGGAUACAUGCGUGGCUCUUGGUUCAGGAAGUGUUGCUGGAGUUGCUAGAACAAUGUGUGGAUGGCUUAUGGAAAGCAGAACGUUAUGAAGUGAUUUCUGAGAUUUCCAAGUUGAUCAUUCCAAUUUAUGAGAAACGUCGUGAAUUUGAGAAACUUACUCAAGUUUAUAGAACUCUUCAUGGAGCUUACACAAAAGUUCUAGAGGUUAUGCAUACAAAAAAAAGACUUUUAGGAACUUUCUUCAGAGUUGCCUUUUAUGGCCAAUCUUUCUUUGAAGAAGAAGAUGGGAAGGAGUACAUCUAUAAAGAACCAAAGCUCACCGGCCUCUCAGAGAUUUCCCUGAGACUCGUGAAACUUUAUGGUGAAAAAUUUGGCACAGAGAAUGUUAAAAUAAUUCAGGAUUCUGACAAGGUGAAUGCCAAAGAGCUCGAUCCAAAAUAUGCUCAUAUCCAAGUCACUUACGUGAAGCCCUACUUUGAUGACAAAGAACUCACAGAAAGAAAGACCGAGUUUGAAAGAAACCAUAAUAUCAACAGAUUUGUUUUUGAAGCUCCUUAUACAUUAUCCGGCAAAAAGCAAGGUUGCGUAGAAGAACAAUGCAAACGCCGCACAAUCUUGACUACUUCCAACUCCUUCCCAUAUGUGAAGAAGAGGAUCCCUAUAAACUAUGAGCAGCAGAUUAAUUUAAAGCCCAUCGAUGUUGCUACUGAUGAAAUCAAAGAUAAAACGGCAGAGCUGAAAAAACUUUGCUCUUCUGCUGACGUGGACAUGAUUCAGCUCCAGCUGAAAUUGCAGGGCUGCGUCUCAGUGCAGGUAAAUGCUGGUCCAUUAGCAUACGCAAGGGCUUUCUUAAAUGAUAGCCAAGCUAGCAAGUAUCCACCUAAGAAAGUAAAUGAGUUGAAAGACAUGUUUAGGAAAUUCAUACAGGCAUGCAGCAUUGCACUUGAACUAAAUGAGCGGCUAAUUAAAGAGGAUCAAAUUGAGUACCAUGAAGGGCUCAAGUCAAAUUUCAGAGACAUGGUGAAAGAAUUGUCUGACAUUAUCCAUGAGCAGAUACUACAAGAAGACACGAUCCAUUCCCCCUGGAUGAGCAACACAUUACAUGUAUUUUGUGCAAUUAGUGGUACAUCGAGCGACAGAGGUUAUGGUUCCCCAAGAUACACUGCUGAAAUCUGAGGACAUGCAGAUGCAAAGUGACAACGAGACUGACCUUUCUCAGGAAUAAUCGGAGCUGUGCAAAUGUUAAAAUUUAAAGAUUUGAUAUACAUGGAGUGUUUCUUCCUGACACCAAAAUUUUCAUGCUUUCAAACAGGGUGCUUACAUAUUUGUAAAUAUUUAAGCAACUUGAAAGUGCCUGGAAAAUUGCACCACUGUGCUUGGUUUGUACUUUUUUAGGUAAAUCUAUAUACGGAAAAGUAGAGCUCAAAAACAUUAAUUCAAUUUGCUUAAUUAUUGCUUCAGAUAAUAAUGGUACUGUGUAAAAUUGUAUAAUGGAACACAAUAAAAGGUAAAACUUAUUUGUAAUUAGAAGUGAAGGAAAUAAUACUUUGAACUUAGCAUUUUUCUUGACAGGAAGCUCAAUUCAUGAUCAUACUGAUCCUUGGAGAGAAAAAAAAAAUGGAUCAAAUUUGCAUAAAACACGGAUAUUCCAAAUUGGGGAGGUAGUCUGAACUCCUGCCUGCUAGUAGUCAAGGCGAGGCUAAAGGAAACAAAAGGGUCAUUUUAAAAGGAGGAUUUCACAAGGAAAGGCAAUACACAGAAAUACCAAACUUACUGUUCCUUCAAGUUUUGAGCCAGUGAUGCCAGGUGAUCAAGUUGGUCUCUCUCUGCCUUCCAGGGCAAGGGAUUCUUACGUGACCUAGCUCUCCCUGGGAAGUGGCAUUGGUUUGUUCCCAGAGCUUUCUGGGGCUAUCCAGAAGGCCAAAUAAAAUAGUUCCGAGAAUUUACAGUCAGUACAUCCUAUGCAACUUCAGAGCUUUCAAAGUAGCAGAAUCAGGGAGGUAUUUAUGUAAUGACCAUUUUUCUUUUCUGUGUACAAGAUUAACAAGUACCUUGAGAGAAGUGGCUGGUUGCAGCAUUUGGGGGGGUCAGGGGACGUACCCACUGCAGAUCUGGCGACUGCUAGCUAGGGAUUCCAUUUCUAACUAUGAAGACCUCUCAGACUACCUACAUCAUUCAGGAGCCGCCGAGGUGUAAAGAACUUUUUUUUUUAGCUUGAAUUAUCCGUAUAAUUUUGGCUGCCUUUCGUGUAAACUUUAAGUUCGAGACGUAUUUUCCUUAUAGAGUUUAGCCAGUUUUUCAGAGAGAAAAAAAAAAAAAAAGACACUGAAGUCUAAAUGAAUCACAUGGAGACUUGGCUUUUUUAAUGCUUUGUGACCAAGACAUCUUAGAGAUGAUGCUCCUGGCUUGCCAUUUUUCUUUACAUGUCAUCUUGAAGCUUUUAGGGGAGCAUGACAUUAUUUAUUGAAGGUUUAAUUUUGUAUUUUCACAGGGGAUUCAGAAGUAUUUCAGAAGCAGUUUGUAAUUCCUUAAUACCUUGGAGUAACCCUGUAGAGUUCAUUUCACCUUUGAAGUGAUUAGGUGUGGUUUGGAUGUGUAAGGAGCCAUCACCUAGACCAGUUGCUGCUACCUGAGAAUGAAGCAUCCCGGGUAAACUGGAGUGCUCUUUAGUCGAUAACUAGUCCCUCCGUGCCCCCCAGCACAGUGUUAUGUACCGUGGGUACAUUUUGGUCAAGUAUAAUAAGUGACCUCUGUGUUCAAGGAGCUUGCAACGUAGUGAAGGCAAGAUGGACACAAAAGUAAACAUGAUGCAAGAAUUGACAACAUAAGCCAAGAACAAUUGUCUGGGAGCAUCGCCAGGUGAAGGCCACUGUCCAUAACUUGUAUCACCUCCAAGGAAUGAGAGGUCACUGGAUUGUAGUGUUCAGGGAUGGUUUCGUGGACGGAAGGGCAUUCUGAACAGGCUUUCAAAAAUGCGCGGGUAUCCCAGGCAGGAGGAAGACGGCGUGCAAAGGCACGAAAUGAAUUAGCAGAAGUUCAGGGGAUGGCAAGGAGAUGAGUUUUGUCCAAGAGAGUGGCAGAUGACAUAAAUCUAGAAUGAAAACUUGGCCCUAGGUGGCGGAAGGCCUUGAAUGGCAGGCUAAUCGUGUUUGGACUUUACUCGCUAAACAUGGGGCAGCCAGGCAAAGGCAUUCAGACAGAGAGAUCACUUGAUUAAAUGUUACUUUUAGGUGUUUAAUCCUUUGCGUUGCUGUCAGAUGUUUUUGAGGCGGAGAGGGAUGGAAAUGUGGGAACCGAUUUACAGUAAUCUAGCUCAGAGACCCUAACCCCCUAGAUAAGAACAAGCGUGGAGAAGAAACGCCAAGUACAAGAGACGUUCUGUGGAAAGCCUGGACCCGAGUUACUGAUGACUCAGGAGAAAAAAGGAAGUGUUAAGGAUAAUUGUGUGUCCCGUGGCCAGUGGGUUCUCCAGGUCGUGACACAAUUUCACUAGGUUUCUCUCUCCAACUUUCAGACUAAGGGCAGCAAGCUGUAGAGGACGAGGUGGGCUAGACUGGAGGAAGCCAGGAACGCGCGUUUGGACACAGCAUAUGAUUUCAUGAAGUGAUUUAGCCUCUACAGAUUAAUUCACAUCAAAGAAUGCAUUUCUGCUAUACCGACCGUUUCACAGUUCAGCUGGCAUCCAAUUCCCCCUGGAAGCUUCUUCAUAGAACAGGAACAAGUCACCAUCGGUAGUGUUUAUCACUACAGUGCCACCACAUCUGUGGACGAGAGUGGUAUCAUAUUUAUGGGAUCUGCCUGCCUAGAUAAACAUUGUAAACAUCUUUUUAAAAAGACGAAAUAGAAAGCAGCAGUGGUAGCAACAGUCUUGGAACCUUGACCACCUUAUCAUAGAACUAGGGGUGACUCACUGGUUAAUUAACAAACUAAAUAGGUCAGCGUAACGACCCAGGCUUUUUACAUGUAAAUACUAGUUGGAUCUGAGAUGAAGAAUCCGAGCGACGUAUUGGAAAAAUAGGAGUUUCCCAACUCUUCAAAAUAUCAAUAAUCAGCUAAGUAUUUUAGGUCCCUGACCCACAAAAUGGCGGGCUCCCUUCAGCCUCAGUCUUGCGCUAGAAGUACACUACUUCGGCUAUCAAAACACAAAGGGAAAGGAAGAGAAUAAAAGUUGGUCGGGGAUGGGGAGUGGGUUUGUGUAACAAGGCUCUUCCCCUAUCCUGAGAGUUGGCCAAUAAGAGUGCUUUGUUUAUCUGGUUCCAAUUAUAAUAAAGGUGUUUUUUUUUUCCUACUCCCUAACCGCAUAAUGGUCGCUCUCUGAGCAUAUGUAUGUUUAUCCAACUCCUGGUUGAAGUUGUGACUAAAUUCAACAAAGAGUUUUGCCUCUGUGUAUGGCA